UGUCGUGGCGCUCGGCGGGUGAAUGAGGCGGGCGGCCGAGCCGCAGCCGGGCCGGGGCCGCCCCGCACAGCCCCGCUUCCUUCAGGCGCGGCGGGUGCGGGGGUCGCUCCCGUUCUCCUCCUAAUCCUCCUCCUCCGUCUCCUCCCUCGGCAGCUCCGGGCACGGCCAUGAGGCGCGCGGGGCUGGGCGAUGGAGCUGGCAACUAUGGCUACACCAACAGCGGGUACAGUGUUUAUGAAGAAGAGAAUGAAAGGCUGACAGAAAGUCUGCGUACAAAAGUCAGCGCCAUCAAAUCACUCUCCAUUGAAAUUGGAACAGAAGUUAAAAACCAAAAUAAGAUGUUAUCAGAAAUGGAUAAUGACUUUGACUCUGCGGGCGGACUGCUGGGCGCGACCAUGGGCAGGCUGAGGAUGCUGUCCCGGGGCAGCCAGACAAAGCUGCUCUGCUACAUGAUGCUCUUUGCAUUGUUUGUUUUCUUUGUGAUAUACUGGAUAAUUAAACUGAGGUGAUGCAUGGUACCGGCGGUUUAGAUUGUGUAAUUUCAACUAUAAAGCAGUCUUAAUUAAUGAAGACACUGAUCUAAAGCGGCACAUUCUGUUGAUAAAACCCAAUGAAAUUGUUGUGAAUUGCAUUAACUGUUAAUGCAAUGUUAUAUAGAGUUUUCUUAAUGUAGCAGAAUUUUUCCCAUCAUCCCCUGUUUUGGGGGGAUUAUUCAUAAAUAUGCAGGAACUGCUAGCAUAGUAGGAGGUUUUUUUAGGGGAAAAUAGUUUUUAGAAUUGAUUUAAAAAAUGCAGAAAGCAGUGGUUGUUUGGAUACGAAGUAAUUGCAGAAUUACAAGACGUUUUCUUUCAUUCUGCUUUUCACUCUGGGCCAUGCUCUAAAUUAGAGCUCCAGUUUCAGGCAUACAGUAAUUCCUAGGUUGCAAAAGAACGAGGAGUACUUGGAUCUUUCUAAAUUGGUUUUAUCUGUGCGUUUUUAAAAGGCUGGCCUGAAGCUAACAAAUGUGAUAGUGGUAUCCCCAAGAAUUAUUUCUGUGGCUAGGUCUGAUAGUGUACAUGUUUAAGUAGCUUAAACUGUGUGUUUUGGGGAGAAGUUACUUAAAACUGGAUUAUUUUUUUUUAAAUGUGACGAAUCAUGCUUAUACAUCUACUGUUUUAAGCAAAUGCCUUUGAUCAUUGGGAUCAACCAAUAUGGACACAGUACAAAUGUUUUUCUUUAUAUUUAAAGUAUCUAAAACUUAAUGAUUCCAUUGAAUCACUAGAACUUUUAUCAUUAAUAUGUUUACCUUUCAGUCUGUGAUGAUCCGUAAAUCUACACUGCAUGAUGUCUGAAAUAUGAGGUUAGGUAUUUUGAAUUUUAUAUUAAAGUAUAUUAUGAUGCACCUUUUGGGGGUGCUGUCAUAUUAAGGAUUUUUAUUUUGAAGACUUAGCUUUGGCUCACUGAAUAGUUUCUAAUAGUUGAAGCUAUUACACUGCUGAGUUUAACCUUCAAAAAUUUAAGCUUCCUGGAUAUUGAAAUUGUAUCUACAACUUUUGAAAAAUUUUUCUAGAAAUACUGUAUAACACGUUGCCAUUAACAACUAAUUACAAAGUAACAAAUAAAGUGUCCUGUAGUAUUCUAA